UCAAUUAUGAGGCGAGGUGGGUGCAGUUUCAAUUUGAAAUUUAAGUCGUUUAUUCUAAUAUGGUGUUACAUUAGUAAAGAAAGCGUAGACUUUGUACUUUGUCUUGAGUUUUACUGUUUCGAAUUUUGUUGGACAUUGUGUACCCUAGGCAAGAAAUGGAUGGUGCAAAAAUUUGUGGCCCAUAUAAGGCUACAAAAAUGUGGAAUGAAAUGGUUGAAACAUUUAGGAAUGGAAUUCCUUUAAAAAGACAUCGCCGCCAUAUAAAAGUGUAUGACCACUGCUUCACAGGACAGGAAGCUGUGAACUGGUAUCAGUCAGUUCUGCAGGACUGUUUUUGUCUAGGAAACAGUGUAACACGUGAACAGACAGUUCAACUGUUGAAUAAGUUCCUGAAAGCUGGUGUCUUUCAGAAUAUCAGUGCAGCAACUCCAUUUGAUAUUCAUUACCAGUUUCUCAAAGAAGGUGAUCUGUAUCAACUGUCAGACAUCAACAGUACAAGACUACCUCUGGCCCAUAAGUCAUUAAAUAUUCCACCUAAAAGCGGACUGAAUCAGUGGUCUGCGGACAACAAAGAGGGAGUCCCAAAGAAAGGCAGUACUACCGCAUGUAGUCAACCAGAAAUGGCUGAAUCCAGGCUAGAUACACAUCGUACUCUCACUACCAGGAGUUCUGUAAAGCAGCCAAUAGUUGGUAACUUCAAUCACCAUGUGUCACCAAAUUUCUUCACACCUGCAUUACCACUGUCUGACCAACUUAUCAGGAGUAAAAAUGAUAUGCAGUUUGAAGCACAUUACAGGGGGAGCAGUAUUAAUCAGAUGAAUAAAGAUUAUGGAACGCACGACACAGGUCAUGAAAAUUACACUCACUCAGGUGUUCAUCAUAGUCGUCAAGGUGCACGUGAACACCAUAGCACUCAACAUUUGUCUACUGGUGAGAACCAACAUACAGGAACUUCUGUGAAUUGUAAUGGGAGAUACUAUAUUUCAUCAACUGAGCAAGAUAAAAUGUACCCUGGAAGGAUCAUGAUGAACGGGCACUCCAGAAAUGAGAAAACCAGUAUUUGCAGUCCAGGUAAUCCCAAGGAUAAUAAAGAUCUUGGUAGUCCUAGAUCAUAUGCAGAAUCUUGUAAGUGGCUGCAGCCACUUAUCUUGGACAGUGCGGACACCUGUGAUAUGGAAAAGAGAAUUUGCAUUGAGCAACCACAUGCACCUUCUUCCACAACUCUGGGUUACAAACACUUCAGAACUUCUCCAACUUUGACAAGGUCCCAGACAAUCCAGAGGAGUGCAAGUAUGAUACAAGCAAAAGUAGAUCUCAGUAAGCCGCAGGUAACUACAAAUCAUGAUUCGAGAAAAUCUCUGCAUAAUGAGAAGCUUCCACAAGGAAGUGCAGAUGGAAGUGGUUUGACGAACCCUGUUUGCUGUGAUGUAAGCAAUGCAACUGUAAGGAGAAACCCAUGCUUAAAUGUACAUACUGCUGAAAAUAACAUUGACCAAUGUGGAUUAGAUAAUGGGAGACAGAUUCAGUAUUAUCCAGCAUCCACCUUGCAGUGGAAGAGUAGCCAGAAUAACAUGACUAGUUCUGUGAUGCAGAAAGAAAGGAACCUUUCCAGCAGGUCUGGAAGUUUCAGAUUUUCAAGAUCACCCUCUGAGGAACCUAUUACUUCCACAGUUCCUGGGCUUACUCAGCCUUUCGAAAUCGGGGAGAUUUGGAAGAAAGUAAUCUUGGCUAGGUUUCAAAGACAUACGCCAGGGUUGGAGGUUCCGUUCGGUUUAUAUUUGCAUAGCAUUCCUUGUGAGUGGCUAACUGCAAAUGCAUCUAGUGAGCUUCACUUUCAACAUGACUCACAAUUUCCUCAGUCUCUGGUGGCUGCUAUGAAUUGCCUUGUACAUUGGCCUCAGACUGUGCCAAGUGAAAUCAUAACAGCCUUUAAAGAACAUUACUUCAAGUUGAAACAGCCUCUGACCACAUUUAAAUUGUAUUCUAUACUGUCUAAAGUAUUUUUAUAUGUUGCAACCGGCAAUUUAGCCAUGAGUAAGGAGAUGGUAUUAAGACAGUCAGAAUUGAGUUCCAGUAGUCCUCUGACCAUGGCAUUACCGCCUAAUUCUUGUUUUGAAACUGCAUUUACUUCAGACAGUCCUGUAACUCGCAUUGUACCUCAGCGUUGUGUAGACACUUUACAUUUUUCACACCAUGGACAACAACCUAAGAAUAUUCCACCAAAGAGAAUUUCAAGUGCUCCAAACUUGUGUGAGCCAUUACCAGACGUUCAGGCAGCUCAGAAAAGAAACAGUCGAUCUAGAACAAAGCGCCAAAUAAUUGGCGGGAGGCGUGUGAUGAAACUGGCUAAUAAGAAGGCAAGUAGGAGAGUCAGAAUAAGAAUGGAUGAAGACAGAAUGAGCCACUUUCGUAAUAAUUCAGGUGGUUAUGUGAACCCUGCCCUGUCUAAGUCAACUGAUGAUAUUAUUGAUACAGAUGAUUUUGUAGACACUGCAAAGAUCCAGUCACAACACAACUUUGAAGUUGAACAAGAACUUGAUUAUAUUGCAGCUUUGGAAAGUCUGAAUACCUUAAUGAGAUGCAGUCGUCGGGAUAAUACAUCUGUUGCUGUUGGUGGGAAAGUUACAGAGGCAGAAUCUGAUGCAGACCAGAAUGGAAAUCAGAGCAGUGAAAGUAGUUCGUACUACACUGCAGUAUCCAGUUCCAGCUCUUGCUCGGAAGCUAGUUCAUGGCGAAGUAGCGUUUUGGUUGACAGCCUGGAAAAUGUGAAUACAGGUGGAAUGAUGCCUAUGAAUAUCGGAGAAAGCGGAGAAAAACUGAUGGUUGCUAUCAUGCAGCUCCUACUUCUAUGCAUUCCUGUAUACAACCGUGUUCAGCUUCGAUACCUUCUGCACUUCAUGAAUCAAUGGAAUUUGCACCACUCACUUUGUGUUCAGACAGAUGUUAUAGAUAUAUUCACACCUACAAUUUUACGCAGUGAGUGUGAAGCCAACUUUGAUGUCACUUUGGCACGCAGCAUUGUGUAUUUCCUCGUUUCUCACCACGACUUGGUACUCAGCGUACCAAGCGACUUAGUGGCAGAAGUUCAGUUUCUUGUAACCAGACAACACACAAACACUGUUAGUCAUAAAGGCGGCAAUAUGACAUAUUGCCAGCAAGUGUCAAGCUGGCAGUUUGAGCGUCAGAGACUCACGGGUUCGCAACUUGCCCUCUCAGAGUUACUUGAACAGAUAUUGUCAGACUGCAAGAUGGGUCCUAAAGAAAAAAGGAAACGCUUGAAAAUGUUUCAAGACGCAUAUCCACAUAUUUAUCGUCGCCGUUUUCCUGACUCUGCAGUGCAGGAUAAAGAUGUGAAGAAGCCAUCUCGAGGACUUCUCAAUUUAGGAACUCUUUCACGUCUGAAGAGUAUGCGUGUAUGAAAAUCAUUUUUAUUCGUAUGUUGAAUCUGAGGUUCUCACAGAGGUGAUUAUCUGUCUUCUGGGAUAUCAUGUCAUGUAGUCCAGUGAAGGUCAACAUGUUUCAGAACAAGAAAUUGGCUCUAUCCUCAAGGUUGAAGAGUAAGCCAAGCAAAAAAAAACAAACCUGAAGCGGGAAAUAAAUGGAGCCUGGUUCAAUGGUGAAUUUUUAUUCAGUUUAUUCUUUGACCCUGAAGGUGGAGGUGGUAAAUUCUUUCAUAACAUCAGUUAAGUUUCACCAAAUUACACAGCAUUAUGUCCUGAAAGACUGACCUCUUCUUGAUUUUAUUAAUUUUAUGAAAUGUAUAAUUUUAUACUGAUGAAUCUAAAGUAGGGCCAGUAGAAGUUUGUUCUAUCUGUGAACCUUCUGUAUAUUUUCCUUUUCUUGCUGCUCAUAUUUGUAAACUCAUUAAAAUCCUAUUCAGAAACUCUUCUUAUAGCAGUUUCCUUUUCCUUCAAAACAUAUUGUGGUUUAUACUCUGUCCAACAUAUCAGGUUCUUUAGGUGUUCUUUAAGCAAAGUAAGAAAUUGAGAAUGCCGUGACAUACACAAUAAGAAAGUGGGAAUGUCAUGUCUCUUAUGGGUUUCUGCACAUCACAUCUUCUCAGAUUGAUAUACUCUUAAAUGAAAACACCCCCAAGAGAUUAAUUUGACAAAUUAUGUUAACUUUAUUGUCUUUAACAUUUUUUAGUAUAGUGAUUAGCUAUUAUUUAUAAAUGUAAUAUUUUAUUUUUAGUAUAGAAUGUAGGUACUGUAAGUGUGCAUCUUACUCCAUUGAAUAUUCUCACUAUGAUAAGAAGGUAGAUUCUUCUCUGAAUAAUUGAGUUUUUCCCAGCCAAAGAGCAUUCCAUAGAUGUUGCAUAUUUAUCUAUGCCCUGGAGAUGUGCACCAUGUUUGAUAACUUGUGCCGUAUAACAGGAUUUUGGCCAAUCCCAUAGGAGGUCAGUAUUCCGGAUCGGCUUUGAAUGAUGUUAUUGAGACUAGUUCUGGAUACGCAACUUACGGGUCAAAACUAACGGACCAAUCAAAAUUGCCACAGGAGAUAGUAAUCAUUUGAGAUGAAUACAGAUGUUGCUGAAGUGCAGAUUUAAUAGUGUGGAAUCUUUUGACAGAUGUAGAGGCUUCCCCUCUUAUAAUAUUACAGAAAAUAUCCUUGCAGAAUCACAGUUUAGAAACAGUGCCAUGCCUGUUCCCAUACCACCUGAUGCAACAAGCCAAGAUGCUUCUAGAACAAUCUGUAAUGCAUAGUAACUCAUAGCUAAUGCAGUCCUGAGUCAGGUAUCGUGCAUAUACUUGAGGCCAACUUCCAGUGGCCCAUAACUCAGUAGUCUGAAUAUGAACCAUCUUGCGUUACUAUAAGUAAUACUGACCUAGUGUAGCCACUUUGAUCCCUUGUGUUUAUUCUGAUAUCACUAUUUAUUUAUUGUCUGCAUCCAAUUGUGUGUUACAAUGUCAUUUUUUGGCCGUCAACAACAAUUUUUGUCAAAACCAAUAUAGUAUCACUGUACUAACAUUGGCUUCAUUUUAGCAUCUGCUGCAUGUUUCAAUCUAUGAUUUGGAUCAUCAGACAGUUUCUUAAGUAUAUCACUUGUUACUUAAUUGUCCUAAUACAGAUCCAUAUUUGUAUUAUUUUUUUGAAAUCCGUUGAUUUAUAUUGUAACGUGUUUCGUUACUGAA